AUGUCGCCAUUUAGAAAAAUGCAGCUCUCUGUUUCCGCCGUGAUGCUCAUUCUACCAGCACUUCAAAGCGGGGCGUCCUUGUCUGGUGCCAAACUUUACGAGGACUGUAUGGAUUAUCUUGGCGAUGCCGGAGAGUUAAAAUGCGGACUCGAAGGACUUGGUAUGUUUAUUGAUUAUGAUCCAUAUUCCUGCACAUUGAGGUGCCAACGACCCGGUACGCCGAAGUUGCCAGAUGGGGUUUGCACCCCCCGCGUUGGAGUGGAGUGCACUUUAGGCCCAAGAGAAACGCUGCGCAAUUGGAUCGACGAAUUGACGAGACAAAAAAACAGAGUUUUGAUAGAAUGGUGCCCAAAUUUUCCGAAGAAGUAA